CUGAAGGAAACUGUAUCCUUUUUGGCUCCUCAGCAACUGGAUUUCAGGAUUUGGUAUAAAUAAAGAUUUUGGAAUCAUCAAUGGCAUCCUCUUUGGAGGAUCUUCUAGCAGAGGAUGGAUUCAGAGGAAAAAAAUCAUUGGCCAGGUCAAGAACUUCCUUCAAAUCAGAGUCACCAAAUCUGCCACCUUUCCCUUUCCCCGACAGAUUCAAGAGAGAAUUCAUGCCAAGGGACAGAAUCCGGACAGAGAGAACAAGAUCCGACGUGUCUCGACAUAGUACUCGAGGCGAAUCACCUAUGUAUGAUACCAUUUCUGGUAGUGCCAGACCAAGAGACAAUCUUGUUAAAAGGGAGAAGAUUGUUACUGGGCCAAAGAAAGAAGGAAGAGAUAAGCAUGAAACAGAACAAGUGUUUGAGAUAGUUGAGGCUGGAGAUGAAGAAAAUGAGAGAGUUAAGGACAUAUAUUCAAAUGAAGAGAAGUAUUCUAACAGGGUUAUUAAGGAAAUGGAAAUUAAGGACAAGAUUCAUGGACGUUCUAAGAAACAUGUGCUUGGUCGUCGGAGUUUUAGCGAUAAAAACAUGAGAAGCAUGAAACAGAAACAUGAAACUUCUGAUCAUAAAGCCUCAUCAAAUGGCAAAAGCUUUGAGGAAACUCAAGUCAAGAAGUAUGACAAUGAGAAACCAACAGUUGUCAAUCCAGUUUCUGAGCCUGCACUUGAUGAGGUUGCAAUCCAAGCAAUGGUUUCGAUCCUAAGUGGAUACAUCAAACGGUUUCUUGGAGACAAGGAGUUCAGAUCGACACUCAGGGAUAAUUGCUUUUCUUCCCUUAAUUUUGUUCAAGUAGAAGAGGGAAACAAUGUGGGAAAAAUCAUAGCCAAGCUUGAGGAAGCGAUCGAAGCGAUAGAAAAGGCGGUUGAGGAAGCUACAAGCACAAAGGAUUUGAGGAAAGCCGUGUUACAACUUCGUGUCAUUGUGGGGCUAAAUUCAAGUGACUUAAAAGAUGGAUUCACUUCUGGGGAUUACAAGUUGUCAGCUUGUGCUCAUCUCUACUUAAGUGUGGUCUACAAGCUGCAGAGGAAAGAUCGAGUUGCGGCGAAGCAUCUUUUGCAGGUUUUCUGUGACUCGCCGAAUCAGGCUCGUGAAAAACUGUUGCCUGAGUUGUGGGAUUAUCUAUUUUUUCCACAUCUUUCACACUUGAAAGUGUGGUACAAUCAAGAGGCAAAUUCUUUAGCAGACUCGCCGGGAAGGCCAAGGAAACUUCAACUUCUUGAGAAGGUGUAUAAUGAAAUAGUGGAUUCUGGGACUUACCAAUUUGCAGUUUACUACAAGGAUUGGCUCACAGAAGGAGUUGAAACUACUCCUGUUCCUUCCAUCCAUGUUCCGUCGAUAUCGAUUCGGGAAAUUCAAAAGGGAAAUAGUAGUUCUCAUGGUCAUUCUUCUGAGCAAUCUAGUAGUCCUGUUGAUCCAUUUUCACCCCAACCAAUGAUGGUGAGUAAGAAAUUCUAUAAUGCUCUUUUUAGCCAGUCAAGUAAGCCUGGAUCUGCAGAUGGAAGGGACACAGAGAAUUCUGAUAAUCGUAUAAGAAGUUCUGAUGGUUCUGCUGUUGUCAAAGAGACAGUUAAAGAAACUAAUGGACAUGAGGAAGAAGAUUUCACCAAGAACGCACCAGAAGAUGAAGUUUCUCCUGAGAAUGGACUCUCAGUGACAUCAGAGGAAAAAUGGAGCUUUCCUGGACAAAGGGUUUCAACAGGAAGAGAUUUCAGUGAGAAGUUUGUAAACCCAGUGACUUGUCAAGAAACAACAGAAAACAGCCAAAUGAUACGUUCACCACCACAACAUACAAAAGAGAAUGAGCUUACCCUCAAAAGGCUAGCAAAGUCUCUUUUUGAACUGCAACAACCAGACAGUGAAGCUUUAGUACAUCUAACUAAAGUAGGGUCGGCUUCAGAAGAACUGCAUGGGGUCUACUUUGAAGAAAGACCCUCUUUCUCAAUCAUUCCCCAGGACUUCAUUUGCCCUCUAACAGGACAAUUAUUUGAAGAUCCUGUGACUUUAGAAACCGGCCAAACAUUUGAACGUGAAGCCAUCAAGGCCUGGUUUGACCAAGGAAACCGAGCAUGCCCAGUAACAGGAAAAGCCUUGGAAUGCAAACUAGUCCCUUUCACAAACUUAGUCUUAAAGCGUUUGGUUGAUACAUGGAAAUCACAACAUUGUAGACAUCUCUUGGAGCAGUUAAGAGACGAAAGCGAGACAACCACUUUGGUCUUAGAGCAGCUUCUUCUCACCAGCACUGCUUUCACCAAAGAGGAAAGUAUCACCAAUGCAAAACUGCUUAUAUCCCUUGGAGGCUUGCACUUCCUUCUUCAAAGAUUUGAGUGUGGAGAUCUCCAGGAGAAGACACGUGUCGCGGCCCUAGUGGUGUCUUGCAUCGAAGCGGUUUCGAGUGUCAGGAAUCGGAUAGCAAGAGAUAUUGACAGCAAGUGCGUGCUUGAGAUGCUUCAUAGCAAGCAGGUUAAGGCCAGAGCAAAUGUGGUGGCCUUGUUGAUUGAACUUAUUUGCCUCAAGAGGAAAAAGGACGUUAUGAGAUUUCUUAGUGGAUUGCAGAAUGAAAAUGAAGGAAUAGAGAGUACAUUGCAUGUUCUGCUUGUUUACCUCCAAAGUUGUCCACCACCCCAAAGACCUCUAGUUGCUGUGCUUUUGUUAUACUUGGAUGUUCUGGUGGAGCCUCGGAAGUACAGCAUUUACAGAGAAGAGGCAGUUGAUGCCAUCACAGAGGCACUUGAUGCCAGUUUGGCUGAUGAGAAAACCCGAGAAAAUUGUUGCAGAGCGCUUCUUAUCUUGGGAGGCCGUUUUUCUUCCUCCGGAAAAUUAUUAACAUAUAGUUGGAUUCUAAACCAAGCAGGUUUUAAUGUCGAUCCCACAGAAAAUUCGCCCGAAAUCCAAGAAAAUGUUUCUUUACUUGAUGAUGCAUCUUCGUUGGAUGAUGAUGAACAAAACAUUGAGAAGUGGUUGAGGAACUUGUCUACAUCACUACUCGGCAAUGGAAAGAGGUCAUUUGUAGACGCAAUUUCGAAAUGUAUUGGAUCAGAAAACUUGAACUUGGUCAAAGUCUGCUUAACCACUGUGGCAUGGCUAAGCUCUUCACUAGCUUCAAUGUCCGAAACUGAGCUUCACCUCCCGGCAUUCUCGGCUCUCAUCUCGCGGCUAAAGGAUAGCCUGGAAAAUGGUCAUGAGGUUGAGCACAAGGUCCUUGCUUCAUGUUCUCUUCUAAACUUCAGCAAAAUUUCAGAAAGUAUAAGAGAAAGUAUAAGAGAUCCUCUUUGUUGAAGUAACAUGGACUGCAGAAAUGCUUUCCUCCAUCAUAUCUGGGGAAGCUUUGUAAUAUAGUAUGCCUGUAAUUUUUACAACUUUUUCAGGUAGUGACAUUUUCUUUAUUUAUAAAACCAUAUUAAGAACCUCUUUAGUACUUCCAAAAAAAAAAAGGAAAAAAAAACCUUUUAAUAUUUUAAAGCAAUUAACUCAGUUCUGAGCUGAGAAGAGCAAGUUUGAAGAACAAAUGACAGUAAUAUUAGCGGAUGAUCAGUGUUUUAGGAGAAUACAUUAUGCUACGUUUUGUACAAAAUAUUAUAUUUACUAGUUUAGUAUUGUAUAGCAUUUACAUGUCUCAACAUAGAAUUUGAAAAAGUGCAAUG